AUGGACCAUACACCGCAAGCUUGGGGUCGUCCCCGCGAUGAUGUCUAUGGUGCCUACGAUGCCUCCUACCUGAGCAGCAACGGUCCCAAGCAGGCAACACAAGCACCCAUUGUGACCGGCACAUCCGUCAUUGCCCUCAAGUUCAAGGGCGGCGUUGUCAUGGCCGCCGACAACCUGGCGUCGUACGGCUCGCUGGCCCGCUUUACCGACACUCUGCGUCUCCGCCCGUUCGGCAAGGAGGCCGUGGUCGGCUUCAGCGGCGACGUCUCCGACAUGCAGUUCCUCGACCGGCACCUCACCAACCUCGAGAUCGAGGAGUCCUACAGCCACGAGGGCGACGAGCAGCCCGAGAACGACGACGACGACGACCGGGAGAAGCAAAAGAACAAGGGGCUCAACGCCGCCAACAUCCACACCUACCUGGGCAAGCUCUUCUACGGCCGCCGCAACAAGUUCGACCCGCUGUGGAACCAGGUGCUGGUGGCCGGCUUCGAUAACAACGACGACGUGUUCCUGGCGUGUGUGGACCUGCGCGGCACGACGUACGCUGCACCCAGCCUGGCCACGGGCUACGGCGCGGCGCUGGCGCAGCCGGUCAUGCGGCGCGUGGCCGAGACGGAGGAGCAGGUGGCCCAGCUGACGCAGGAGCAGGCCGUUGCGGUGAUCAAGGAGUGCAUGAAGGUGCUGUACUACCGCGAUGCGCGCAGCUUGGACACUUACAGCAUGGCGAUUGUGACCAAGGGCGGCGGCGUCACAUUGACGACGGACGAGAAGCUGGAGCAACAGAGCUGGGCGUUUGCGGAACGCAUCCGGGGCUACGGCACGCAGACGGUCUAG